GUUCUUACUCUCCUCUCUGCACCGGGCGCUGCUGAGUGAGUGAGUGACUGAGUUACAUGUGUUUGACUGAGACGUGUUGACGUUGCAGUGACGUCAUCAGCAGCAGCAGCAGCAGUGACAGUGAUGUCAUGGCGUGGAAGUCCAGGACUCGCAGUCUCCAGGUGUUUGACACGGGACAGAGCGCGGACACGGUGGAGUGGUGUCCCGUUCCACCAUGCCACAACAUCCUGGUCUGCGGGACGUACCAACUACAGAAAGGGGCCGGGGUCGAUGAGGCCACGCCCACCCGCAGUGGCCAUUUGUACCUUUUUGACUUUCGUCGAGAAGCACCGAUGAGUCCUCCUCUCACGGAGCUGCAGCGCAUCGACACGCCGGCCAUUUUAGACGUCAAAUGGUGCCAUGUGUCGGUGUCAGAGAAGGCGAUACUCGGAGCAGCGGCUGCCACGGGCGAACUGCAGCUCUACGCGAUGUCGGCGAGUCAGGAAGGCAGCCGCAGUCUGCAGCCUCUGAGCAGCAUAGAGGUCGGAGCCGAGCGGCUGGCUCUGUCGUUGGACUGGUCCACUGGAAGAAUGGACAGCAGCAGUGACGUGCGUGUGGUGUGCAGCGACUCUGCCGGAUGCAUCAGCGUUCUCUCUCUGGACGAGGGUUCUCUGACGACUCUGUCGCAGUGGAAGGCUCACGACUUUGAGGCCUGGAUCUCGGCCUUCUCCUACUGGGACACACAGCUGGUUUAUACCGGUGGUGACGACUGCAAACUGAAGGGCUGGGAUCUCAGGAUGGGUCCGUCCUGUCCCACUGUGACCAGUAAAAGGCACUCGAUGGGCGUGUGCAGUAUUCAGAGCAACCCUCACCGGGAACACAUCCUGGCAACAGGCAGCUACGAUGAGCAGGUUCUGCUCUGGGACGGCAGGAACAUGCGGCAGCCGCUCAGCGAGACGGCGACGGGUGGUGGCGUCUGGAGGCUGAAGUGGCAUCCGACCAAUCCUGACCUGCUGCUGGCUGCCUGCAUGCACAACGACUUCCAUAUCCUUCACUGCCAACAGGCUUUAGAGAGCAGCGCAGGGGCUUGUCCCGUCGUCGCCACCUACAUCCUCCACAACUCCCUGGCGUACGGCGCCGACUGGUCCCGCGUUUCCCUGGACGAACCCGCCCCCUGCUCACCUGUCGCCGCAGAACCAAAGGAAAGCUUUGCGGAGAGCCGAGGACACCUGCGGAUUCAGUACGAGUCUCCCACCGCCAGCUUCGACACUUCCCUGGAGGACGACACGGGACGCUACAUCCCAGAGAGCGUCACGGCACCUUCCUCCUCCCCCGCUGUGGGCCCCGCCCCCACCCCGGACCACGACGCCGCCUCAGUGUCCUGUCUGCUCGCUACCUGCUCCUUCUACGACCACAUGCUCCACGUGUGGCGCUGGGACUGGACUCCAGAAGAAGCUCCGCAGGGCACCGAGCAACGCUGACGCCCCCUACAGGCCUGCUGUAAACAUCCCACCACGUCCUCAGUGAUCCGGUCACGUGUGGGCUGAGUUAAGUACACGACUGUUCACACACACACACACACGCUGAAUUCAUGUCUGUUCAUAAAUCUGACUGACGCGUGUGUGCGUGUGUGUGUGUGUGUGUGUGUGUGUGUGUGUGUGUGUGUGUGUGUGCGAGUGAGGAGGAGCUGAGUGAAUAAAAACUCUAGUCGCGCUGCUUUAACAUGAAAUAAGAUGCUAAUUACUAGAAAAAGAAAUAGGGAGGCACAACAAUAUCAGUAUCAGCCGAUAUUGGCUUUAAAUUGUAGUUAUCAGAUAUCGGCAAACACGAUAUAAGAUCCCCUGAUAUGACUAAUGACUAAAACUGUAGCCUGAAUAAGCUGCUACCUCCUUGUAAAAUGUAAAAUUCACAUCUGCUGACGACAGAGGAGACGACCUCUGUAACAACCCACAGUAUAUUUAUCAGUGUUGUUAUCGGCCCCAGUAUCAUGAAGGCAAUCUGUUGUCAGGACAAGUUAGACUCCGCCUCCUUGGCUGACGGCAGUUUAACCAGUAUUUUUUAACUCCUCUGCUCCUAUACCUUGAUUUAUUUGUGUAUGUGUAUUGUAUCAUGGUAUUAGGGUUAGGGUUAUUAAUUGAUUACUAAAUUAAUCAAGUGUCGGAGUUUUUUUUUUUUUCAAUAAUUAAAGCAAGUUUCUGUUAUUUUUCAGCUUCUUAAAUCUGAAUAUUUUGUGGUUUCUUUGCUCCAUAGAACAAAGAAAUCAUUAAAACUUAAUCAUUUUCAUUUGUGGACAAAACAAGACAUUUGAGAACGUCAUCCUUUCCAGGUUUGACAAACACGGAUUGACAUUUUUCAACAUUUUCUAACAUUUUAUGGACCAAACGAGUACUUGACGGAGUCAUUGAUUAUGAAAAUAAUCAUUAGUCGCAGCCCUAAUUGGUACCGUUCUCAUUUAUCUGCCCAAACACUGUUAAGAGAUGGUGUGACUAUCAUUUCUAACGUGGCAGUAGUUAAAAAAAAUAGGUAUGGGGACGUCGUAAGAACUGUAAAAAGAAAAAAGAACAGUGAAACUGCUGCGGAUCAGUGGACCUUAGCAGAGGAGGCGGAGUCACAUGAGUCAUGAAACCACCUUUUUUUUGUAAUCAGAUUUGAUGAUGCAUUCAGAACAGAAUGUGAUCAGAUCACUCAGGACGGAUCGAUCGAACCAAAGCUGAGCGAUAUUAUCAGUUAUUUUUAGUCCCUUUCACUUUUACAGUACGUGUACAACAGAAUGUUAAAAUAACAAAACAGAACCUAUAUUUUCAUAAUAAUGACAUUAUUGAUGGUUUCUCUUGUAUAAUCUUAUAUUUAAAUUGUGUAUUGACGUCAUACAGCACAUCCUCCACCGCAUCAUACUACUUACACAAGGUUUUUUUGAUCACAAACACAGUGCGUGAUGACCAGCAACUGAUUUUACAAGGGUUAGUUUGGGGUUUUUGAGCAUGUUUUAUAUGAAGUACAUGCACAUGGAGCAUGUAGACUUUCUUAAGUAUAUGUUUUCUGCUUUAUCUCACUGUUAAACACAGUUUUUAGCAACAGGAAACUGAAGUUUGUAAAGCCACUCACUCUCCCACACCAAACUCCAUACAGAAAACCAGUGAUUUUACAUCACAGUACACAGGAGUUGUUGAUCCACUGCUGCCUCCAUCACUAAGUUCAAAGGUCUUAUUUUGUCACUUCAGUGUUUGAAAUUCUUUGUUCGGAUUGACCUCAGUGACACAAAGUGACCAUACGAGGCAGCAGAGGACCAGCAGCUCUUGUGUCCCCCGCGAGCUAAAAUCACAGAUUUUCUCUAUGGACUUUGGUGCAGGAGAGGGAAAAGUGACACAAACUCAAGAUUCCUUCUCAUAAAAGACUCUCUGACAACCUGAAUCAUAUAAGUACGAUAUAAAACCACACUUAAAAACCCUGAACUUUCCCCUGAACAUGUUUCUGAUGAAUUCAGUGAGUUUUCUUUUGCAGUUUUCAUGUUUUUGGUCACUUGUCUACUGGAAACAUUCUUAUUCUUCACAAUUUCUGACCAAUAAAAGUUGCCCGACAGCUUCUA